AUGGACUUUGCGAGAGGGUCCAUCACACAGGCCAAUAAAUACCUUCGAAGAUAUGAACCACUUGAAAUUGUUUUGCAAACACUCUUUGCUAUCGUGUCUGUAUUCUUGACGAUACGAGCCUUCAAUGCGCUUUCUGGAGGUUUUCAAGUCAAGACUUUUGUGUUCAAAUUUGUCACAAGUCUCCCAUAUCUGCGUGAAAUCAAAAAGAAAAAGCUUCAAGAGGCUAAAAAGGACAUUUUCAAAACUGUUCAUGGCAAACUGUGCAAACUCGGCUACCGAACUUGUUUGCCCUCGAUGUCUAGCUCAGUCAGUGAAGUUCUUAAGGUAGCAAGCUCCUACCACUCAAGCUCUGCUGUGUCUUGGAAGGAUGGCCGAAUGUCAGGUGCUGUUUACCCUUCAAACAGUGGAUUGAAUGAGCUACUAAUCGAGUCGAAGAUACUUGUUGGUCUUGAUGCUAUCUCAAAUCCGGGUCUGGGAGAGGCCAUGAAGCAAGAAGACAGAGUCAUUUCUUUUGGUGUUUUGAAGCUUCUUUCCCUUUUAUAUAACAAGUUUUAUCCUCUAGUCAAGAUUCAAAAGAUGACGCUCUGGUCCAACCCUUUGCAUGUGGACGCCUUUCCAGCUGUUCGUCGGAUGGAAGCGGAGGUAGUUCGAAUGUGCCUUACCAUGUUUAAUGGGGAUUCUGAAAGCUGCGGCACCAUGACUUCUGGUGGGACAGAAAGUAUAAUGUUGGCGUGCCUGGCCUAUCGCAAUCGCGCCUACAAACUUGGCAUCAAGGAGCCUGAAGUGGUCAUUCCUAUCUCGGCUCAUGCUGCUUUCGAUAAGGCUGGCAGCAUGAUGAAUAUCCGCGUGAAGAAGGUUCCUCUGGACCCGAAAACAUUUAAGGUCGACUUGAGAGCUAUGAAACGUGCCAUUACACGAAGGACCUGCAUGCUCGUUGGAUCUGCUCCUCAAUAUCCACAAGGAAUUAUCGACGAUAUCAAGAGUAUAGCUAAGUUGGGCGCUUUACGAGGUAUUCCGGUGCACGUGGAUUGUUGUCUGGGCGGCUUUCUGGUGCCCUUUAUGGAGGAGGCCGGGUUCCCUCUUGACCUCUUCGAUUUCCGUCUACCCGGUGUUACCAGCAUCUCCUGCGAUACUCACAAGUACGGAUUCGCAGCAAAGGGCUCCUCUGUGAUAAUGUACCGCAACAGGGCGCUUCGAGCGAACCAAUUCUUUCUUCUCCCUGACUGGUCGGGUGGAAUUUACGCAUCUCCGACUUUUGCCGGAAGUCGUUCGGGCGCUCUUAUCGCAGCCUGUUGGUCGGCGCUGAUGUACUUCGGUCGAGAGGGCUAUGUGAACUCCACUAAACGCAUCAUCUCCACUGCCCGCACUAUCGCCAAGGGCGUGUCAUCAAUCCCCGGGCUGCGAGUGUUGGGCGAACCACAGGUAAGUGUGGUUGCCUUCACCUCGGACGCCUUCGAUAUCUACCAACUAGCGGAGUUGAUGUCGCACCAUCCGGACGGCUCGGCCAAUUGGAGUCUCAGUGUGCUCCAGUACCCUCCCGCGGUGCACCUCUGUGUCACCGACCUGCACACCCAGCCGGGUGUCGCGCAACUUUUUCUUGACGACCUCAAAGUGGCGGCUGAGCGCUUGCUUAACUCGCCCAAGAGCGAAUCUACUGGCACGGCGGCAAUCUACGGGAUGUGUGCACAGAUUCCCGAUCGUUCGCUGGUCGCCUCCGUGGUGGCGAGUUUUCUUGACGCCUGCUACGCAACCGAGGGGCCUGAUGACUAG